AUGUAUCGCAACUAUUUUCUUCUUGGCUUUGCCGUCUUUGCCGCCACAGCUUUAGGACUCCCUACCGGGAAGCCUGCCGAUACUGGCAAGCAGGUUCCUGCUUUAUACGGAGCCAAGGGAGACAAUUUUGACAACAGGCAGUUGGUCCCCGAAGAGUUGGAGAAGAGGAAGGAUGAUGGGUCCUGGCAUCCCGGGAGAUAUGAAGGCAACGGUAAUGGCCACGAUGAUGGCAGCUGGUACCCUGGCAAAUAUGAGGGUGACUGUACUGGUUAUGAUGAUGGAAAGUGGAAUACGGAGAAGAAUAACUAG